ACCUCAUCGACUUAAAAUAAGUCUCUUUCUGUCCACACAACACCACACAUGAUCUGACUUCCCCGAAAACCCCUCAAAUAUUCCUUCAAUUUUCCCAUCAUUAUUUAAAAUUAUAACAAAAAAACAAAAAACAAAAAACUAAAAAACAAACCUUUCAAGAAAUAUUUUAAGACGAAACUCCUAUAUAUAUGUGUCUUUGUAUACAUCCAUGUUGUGUGUCUAACUGUCUGUGUGUUGGAACUUAGGAGCUCUAAAAGAAACAAGAGGAAUUAGCAGUUCAACAAGAAGGAAGCAGGCGAAAACCUCCAAACACUACCUAAUCACACCUUCUUCCUCCAUCUUCAGCAACAAUUGUGGAUUAUACCAAAAUGGAGAAUAUGGGUGCUGAGAAACAAAGGUUAUUUGGAGAAUUUGAAGAAAAGAGUGUUCAGGGAAUUUGUGUAUCUGAUCAUAUAAAUGGACUGCAGUACACAAGCACAAAAUCAGAUAGCUUUGUUGUGGACAUGGAACGUUUUUCUCAUAUCAUAGAGAAAGAUAUAAAUGCCAAUUCAAGAAUUACUUUGCAGAGAAACCUUUCAAGAAAAGGAUCAUUCCGAAGCGGCGAUAGGAAAACAAAUUCAAAUGCUGCCAACGAGAAAGACACUAACUUCACGGCAAGUUCCUCUAGAGCUUCAUUGCUAGGAGGAGGUAGCACGCCAGAAAAGGCCAUGGCAUUGACUAGUAUUGUGGGGGCUAGUGAUAAUUCCAUAUCUAGCCCACUAACACAUAAUCAGAUCACUAUAGUGGCCGGCCAUGGCGGCGCCACCACUACCGAAAGCAAAGUUGGUGGCAGGAGGUUCAGUUUCCGACGAUCUUCUUCCUCUUCUAAUUGGACCAUUGAUCCUAGGAGGAUCCUUCUCUUCUUUGCUACCUUGUCAAGUAUGGGAACAAUGUUAUUGAUCUAUUUUACAUUAUCAAUUGCCAAGCUCAAUGGAGAAGACAAUGUUCUUAAUGAAUGAUAGAGACAAUAUUAAAAGCAGCGAAAAAGUGAAUGGAAAGAACAAGGCACUAGUUCUGACUCAGAAGCCUGUAUAUUAUAAUGUAGAAGCAGAAGAGACACGAGCAUAACUUGAUUAUGGGUUUUAACAGAGUUUAGUACAAACAUCACAAGAUGGUGGAACAAAGAAAAAGGUGUAAAGGGUGCGGUCAGAAAGAGCUAAAACUAUAUAAAGGAACUUCCAUUAACAGAGGUUCAGACAUAAUAUAUCACUUUCAUCAGGCUGCCUUUUGUUGUAAGACAGGAAUAGAAACACACCAUGACAAAGAUUGGCAAUAUUCCAUAGUAAUGAGUGGCACAUAUCAGAAACAAAUGCGUACCUUUUCUUUGUUAGUUUCUCUUUUUGUAUCAUUUUACGAGUUUAAUGGAGAACCAGACGUUAUUUGCUA